UCUCGAAAGCAGCGCCCAAUUACUUCCGGUGAAAUGACAACUAUUUGAAAAGGAUCCGUAAAUGUACAGCAAACAAGUCAUUCUGUUAAUCGCAUGGUUAUACUUCGCGAUCUUGCCGCAAGAAGCUUCGGGAUUCUACCGAGAUCGGCGGAAAGUGUGCAACUACUACGAGUGGAAGUGUCAGAGCGGCCAAUGCAUCGAAUCCCAUCAACAAUGUGACGGUGUAGUCGACUGCAAGGACGGUUCGGAUGAAACCUCCAAGAGCUGCGCCUUUAUCCGCUGCCCAAGCUAUGCUUUUCGCUGCCAGUAUGGUGCUUGCGUGGAUGGGAAUGCAAUGUGCAACGGAGUCCGCGAGUGUGCCGACCAUUCCGACGAGCAUGCCCACUGCCCUGGGAGCUCCGGACCACUGCUUGCCGCGCACGGAAAUUGUUCGAACACUGAAUUUAAUUGCCACUCUACCGAGUGCAUUGCGGGUGAUCAAGUUUGCGACGGCCAAGAAGACUGCAUCGAUGGGUCGGACGAAAGCCAACAGCUGUGCAGCGUUGUGUUUUGUCCAUCGUUUUCGUUUCGCUGUAGCUACGGAGCGUGCAUCGGUGGCUACUCCAAAUGUGACGGUGUAAUUGAUUGCCGGGAUGGUUCGGAUGAGGAUUCAUUGUUGUGCGGAAGACCAUUUCCUUCGACAACAGCAACACCGAUUAGAUCGACGACUACCACUUCGACAACCACACAAGCUCCAGUGAGGGUAACUGGACCGCCCGGCUCGUGCUUUGUCCCGCAGCCUCCAAGAAACGGUCGUAUUGUGCUAGACGAGAGCGUUCAAACCGUCCCGAUUCUACCCGGAGAGUUUAUCGAAAACUACAACUCGGUUCAUAUAGUGUGCAGCGAGAAGUAUACGAUCAAGGGAGCGGCCACAAUCGUUUGUCUCGAUGGCGAAUGGAUGGAUCAGUUUCCGCUUUGUGAAAAGUACUGUUCCGAAAUACCUAUCAACGGUAUUACGAUCGAACCGUUCUGCGAGCACCAGCGGCGACAGAUAACGUGCAAACGACCGCUGCCCCCCUCGACCACUGUUCGAAUUGGAUGUCGAGUCGGCUACCAAAAACCGCUCGAUCCGGUCAACGAAACGCUCACCUGCAUCGACGGCUCGUGGGACAGUUCCGUUUUUCACUGCGACCCAGUUUGCGGUACCCCAACGCCCGACGCGGAAGCUUAUAUCAUUGGAGGUCGAAACAUUUCAAUCACCGAAGUUCCCUGGCAUGUCGCAAUUUACAAAAAUUUAAACAACCAAACCCUUGCCGAUGUGCGGUCGUCGGACUGGCAGUAUGUUUGCGGCGGGACCAUCCUCACCGAGCGCUUGGUAGUGACAGCAGCGCAUUGCUUUUGGGCUUCGGAAGGAUUCUUCGAUAAGCGCUUCUUUCGCAUAGUCGCCGGGAAGUACCGUCGAGAUCUGGCUACCAUAGAGGCAUUACCCGUGCAGAUCUUCCAGCUGCAGGAAAUAUUGCACCAGCCGCAAUAUCAGGACUUCUCUGGGUACUACAAUCUGGACAUCGCCAUCGUGGUGUUAAGCGAUUUCAUCUCGUUCCGAACGUACAUCCGACCGAUAUGCUUGGAGCGAAACCUACGGACUGAGAGUGAGAAACGUAUCAAACCGAACAGUCUUGGGCGUGUGGCUGGCUGGGGUUUCACAACCAGCACCGGUGUGCUAAGCUCCGUACUGAAGGUGAUCGAUAUUCCGACGGUAGACUACGUAACGUGCAGGGAAUUUUCACCCAUAGCAUACCGACCGUUCCUGACAGGCGACAAGUUCUGUGCCGGCGAUCCCCGUGCCGGAACCGGUGUCUGUCAGGGUGACAGUGGCGGAGGAUUUGCGCUGGCCAGGGAAACCAACGGCGAGACCGUGUACUACCUCUAUGGAGUGGUGAGCUCAGCACCACGAGCCGCCACCGGUGGAUGUGACAACAAUAAGUACGUUGCUUUCACCGAAGUACAGAACUACAUUCCGAUGAUUCUCGAUGCAGAAAGUCGAUAUCCUGUUAUUUAGUGGCCACAAUAAAGA